GCUGCGGUCACACGAGGAUAUUUAUCACACAUUUAUUUUCCUUCACGAGUGAUACAUACAGGACAACCCACGCGCUUUUAGUGGUCUAAACGCGUUUCCGAAAAAUGUUUUUGGAGUUUGAACUUUGAAUUGCGUCUUUGGAGUCGCGCGCGUUCAAUGCAGAUAUGAAAAGCGUCGUGAAUUAUUAUUAUUAUUAUUAUUAUUAUUAUUUCGUUUGAGUUGGUGGGAGUCAGCAGAAGACGGAGACGAAGAGGUCUUGGACAUGGAUGCGGUAUCGAAAGAUGGGGCCGGUUUGGCUGACCCCAGCAAGACGGACACGCUCAACUCAACAGGUUCAGCAGGGCAGAGGAGAGCUGGAGGAGCCAAGAAACACACACAAGCUAAUAAAUCAGCCCUGCGUGCCCCCAGAGCUCUGUGCUGCCUGACUCUCAGUAACCCAAUACGCAUGGCAGCGCUGGCCCUGGUGGAGUGGAAAUAUCCUUCUGACCAAUUUAUGUGUCCUUUCGAUAUAUUCAUUUUACUGGCCAUCUUUGCCAACUGUGUUGCCCUUGGUGUGUCCAAACCUUUUCCUGAAGACGAUUCCAAUGCCACAAAUCACAAUCUGGAACAAGUGGAGUACGUGUUUCUGGUCAUUUUCACGAUCGAAACGUUCACAAAGAUUCUGGCGUACGGUCUGGUCAUGCAUCCCAGCGCCUACAUCCGCAGCGGCUGGAACUUGCUGGAUUUUGUUAUCGUGAUUGUCGGUCUUUUCAGCGUUAUAGCUGAGAUGGGAGAGCACAAACCAGGAGAAGCCCACCACGCAGCAGGAAAACCAGGAGGUCUGGAUGUCAAAGCCCUGAGAGCUUUCAGAGUACUGCGUCCCCUGCGCCUGGUGUCCGGUGUGCCCAGUCUGCAGAUUGUGUUGAACUCCAUCAUGAAGGCCAUGGUGCCUCUGCUCCACAUCGGUCUGCUGGUCAUGUUUGUCAUCAUCAUUUACGCCAUUAUUGGGCUGGAGCUCUUCAUAGGCAGGAUGCACAAGACCUGCUUCUAUGUAGGGACGGAGCUAAUGGUGGACGAUGAUCCAACACCAUGCGCUUUUGCCGGUAACGGUCGCUUCUGCGUAGGAAACAACACCGUGUGCCAGGGAGGAUGGGAAGGACCCAAUGGAGGCAUCACAAACUUUGACAACAUCUUCUUCGCCAUGCUCACUGUGUUCCAGUGCAUUACUAUGGAGGGCUGGACCGAUGUGCUCUACUGGAUGAAUGACUCCAUCGGGUUUGAGCUGCCUUGGAUUUAUUUUGUGUCUCUGGUCAUUUUUGGAUCUUUCUUUGUCCUUAAUCUUGUGUUGGGUGUAUUGAGCGGUGAGUUCUCUAAAGAGAGAGAGAAGGCUGUGUGUCGCGGUGAGCUGCAGAAAGCCCAGGAGAAACAACAGAUGGAGGAAGACAUGAUCGGAUACAUGGACUGGCUCAUCGAAGCAGAGGACAUGGACGAGGAUGGAAAUAAACGUGCGGUGGUGGCUAAGAAAAAGAUGAUGAAGAAAUACGGCUGGUACAAACACAGUGAAGACGGAGAAUCGGAUUCAGACUCUGAGUUCGAAGCGUUCCUGGAUGAUGAUAACGGCUGCUGCGCGUCUAUAAUGGCACGACUGAUGGCUAUAAGUUUCUGUGAGCAGCUGUAUCACUUGAAUCUGGUCAUUAGGAAGAACUGCCGCGUGGCCGUCAAAUCUACUAAUUUCUACUGGCUGGUGCUGCUGCUGGUGUUCCUCAACACGGCCGCCAGCGCCUCUGAACACUACGGCCAACCGCAGUGGCUCACCGACAUACAGGAACGAGCAAAUAAGAUCCUUCUGGCUCUGUUUACGCUGGAGAUGCUGAUGAAGAUCUACAGCUUCGGCUUUCAGAUCUACUUCAUGGCGCUCUUCAACCGCUUCGACUGUUUCGUGGUGUGUGGUGGGAUCCUGGAGACGGUGCUGGUGGAGAUGGAGGUGAUCCCGCCCAUCGGGAUCUCUGUGCUGCGCUGCGUCCGUCUGCUCCGGAUCUUCAAAGUCACAAGACACUGGGCUGCUCUGUCAGACCUAGUGAGCUCUUUGCUGAACUCUAUGAAGGCCAUUUGCUCCCUGCUUCUGCUGCUCUUCCUCUUCCUCAUCAUCUUCGCUCUCCUGGGCAUGCAGCUCUUCGGCGGAAAGUUCAACUUCGAUGAGACUCAGAUGAAAAGAAGCACCUUCGAUUCUUUCCCAUCUGCCCUGCUCACCUGUUUCCAGAUCCUAACAGGAGAGGACUGGAACUCUGUCAUGUAUGAUGGGAUCAUGGCGUACGGUGGACCAGUGUUUCCCAAUAUGAUUGUCUCCAUUUACUUCGUCAUUCUUUUCGUCUGCGGUAACUACAUCUUGCUCAAUGUCUUCUUGGCCAUCGCCGUGGACAACUUGGCCGGAGACGGCGGCAAAAAGAAAAAAGAAGAGAAAAAAGACGAGGAGGAGGAAUGGGAGGAUGAUGAAGAAAGAGAGGAAGAUGAAGCUGGAAAUGACGUGGACGAUUGGGAAGAGAAUGAAGAGUUGAGAGCGAUUGAAGGACUUGAGGGUAUAGGCACUCCCAUGAAAGUGGACAGCUUUCAGCCAAAAGAGAAAAUCGUACCUAUUCCUGACGGAAGUUCAUUUUUCAUCCUGGGAAAGAAAAACUGUCUCAGAGUCGCCUGCCACAACCUCAUUCAUCAUCAUUAUUUCACCAACUUCAUCCUCAUCUUCAUCAUACUCAGUAGUUUCUCAUUGGCUGCUGAAGACCCAAUCAAAACUCAUUCUGUCAGGAACGUUAUGCUGGGUUAUGCUGAUUACGUCUUUACCACCGUCUUCACUAUUGAGAUCAUGUUGAAGAUGACUGUGUAUGGAGCUUUCCUUCAUCAAGGUUCCUUCUGCCGAAACGCCUUCAACCUCCUGGACCUUCUGGUGGUCAGCGUGUCCCUCACCUCGUUCUUUUUGCAUUCGAGUGCCAUUUCUGUGGUGAAGAUUCUUCGAGUACUGCGAGUGCUCAGGCCUCUUCGAGCCAUCAACAGAGCAAAGGGACUCAAGAGCGUGAUUCAGUGUGUGUUUGUGGCCAUACGCACUAUUGGUAACAUCCUCAUCGUCACCACUCUCCUCCAGUUCAUGUUCGCUUGUAUCGGUGUGCAGCUUUUCAAGGGCCGGUUCUACAGAUGCACAGACGAGGCCAAACAUACACCGGAAGAGUGCAAGGGCACGUUUGUGGUGUUCAAAGAUGGUGAUAUGAACCAUCCAAUGGUGAGGGAGAGGGUGUGGGAGAACAGCGACUUCAACUUCGACAACGUGCUGAUGGGGAUGCUGGCGCUCUUCACUGUCUCCACGUUCGAGGGCUGGCCACAGCUCUUGUAUAAAGCCAUUGACGCUAACGCAGAGAACAGAGGGCCCAUCUAUAACUACCGCGUCGAGAUUUCCAUCUUCUUCAUCAUCUACAUCAUCAUCAUCGCCUUCUUCAUGAUGAACAUCUUCGUGGGUUUCGUCAUCAUCACCUUCCGUGAACAAGGAGAGGCCGAGUUUAAAAACUGUGAACUAAACAAAAAUCAGCGGCAGUGUGUGUAUUACGCACUGAAAGCUCAGCCCAUAAAGAUUUACAUCCCAAAAAACCCCUCUCAACUCAAAUUCUGGAAGAUCGUCAAUUCCUCUCAGUUUGAGUACAUCAUGUUUGUGCUCAUUCUGCUCAAUACGCUCACACUGGCUGUACAGCACUAUGAGCAGUCCAAACUCUUCAACUUUGUGAUGGACAUCCUGAACAUGAUCUUCACUACGCUCUUUACGGUUGAGAUGGUCAUUAAACUUCUGGCUCUGAGGCCUUACCACUAUUUUAUAGAUGCCUGGAACUCUUUUGAUGCUCUGAUAGUGGUGGGCAGUUUGGUGGACAUCAUGAUCGCAGAGUUCAGUGGUGGAGGAGGCCAUGGUGAGGGGAAAGAAGGGGAGAGCGCUAAAGUGUCUAUCACUUUCUUCCGUCUUUUCCGAGUAAUGCGACUGGUCAAGCUGCUCAGUAAAGGUGAAGGCAUUCGAACCCUCCUUUGGACCUUCGUUAAAUCUCUACAGGCAUUGCCAUACGUCGGCCUGCUCAUUGCCAUGAUCUUUUUCAUCUAUGGCGUCAUUGGGAUGCAGACAUUUGGGAAGAUAGCUAUAGAUGACAGCACAGAGCUCAGUCGAAACAACAAUUUCCAAACUUUCUUCAUGGCUGUACUGUUGCUCUUCAGGUGUGCAACAGGUGAACAGUGGCAGCAGAUCAUGCUUGCAGCACUGCCGGGCCGUCGAUGUGAUCCAGAGUCCGACUUUGAGCCAGGAGAGGAGUACAGCUGCGGAAGCAACCUGGCGUACCUCUAUUUCAUCAGUUUCUUUGCACUCUGCGCCUUCCUGAUCAUUAACUUGUUCAUCGCAGUCAUUAUGGAUAACUUUGAGUAUCUGACCAGAGACUGGACCGUGCUGGGCACUCAUCACCUCGAUGAGUUUAAACGAGUUUGGUCCGAUUACGACCCAGAGGCCACGGGAAGGAUUAAACAUCUAGAUGUGGUCACUAUGCUGCGCAGAAUUCAGCCUCCGCUGGGCUUCGGGAAACUCUGUCCACAUCGAGUAGCCUGUAGGAGACUGGUUGCUAUGAACGUACCUCUCCAUCCUGAUGGGACCGUGUCCUUUAACGCCACCCUGUUUGCUCUCGUCAGAACUUCACUCAAGAUUAAAACAGACGGCCCCAUUGACCAGCAGAACGAGGAGCUGAGAGCGAUCAUUAAGAAGAUCUGGAAACGCACCAAACCCAAACUCCUAGAUGAAGUUAUACCUCCUCCAGCAGGGAAUGAAGUGACUGCAGGAAAGUUCUAUGCCAGCUUCCUGAUUCAGGACUACUUCAAAAAGUUUCGCAAGCGAAAGGAGAAAGAAAGGAAGAAGAAAGGCAAGGACAAGUCAGCCUCCCUCCAGGCUGGGUUACGCACACUACAGGAUCUGGCCCCAGAGAUGCGUCUAGCCAUGGCCAUGGAGGAUGAGGAAGGGAUGGAGGGAGAGAUGAUGGAAGAAGAGGAGUUCUUUAGGAGUGACAGCGUCUUCAGUGAUGCUCCUCCCACACCGGCUAUGUCCACUCCCAGAAGCACCCCUAUGCCACCCCAUCUAGACGAGACCACAGUGAGAAUUGAGCUUCCUCCUAGAGUCCCCAGUGGGAGCUUUAUGCUAGAGGAGGCCCUGAUGGACUCCCGACCGGCCUCUGCCCUCUCCGACAACACAGUGAUAAGUGAACAGCCUCACAGACUGUCUCCCCUGCCCAGCAGGUGGAACUCCAGUCACAACAAACUCACCCCGCUGUGGAUACUGAAUACCAACCAAAGUGAGCAUGAAGAAAUUGAGGUGACAAGUAUGUUCUCUCAGCUGGACUUUGAAAAGGCAUUUAAAGAAAUUCAGACUGACACAACCAGAGCUUGUGAAUACAUUCCUUCCCCAUCCCCGGAUGAAAGAAUACAAAAUGGAGAAGUCACAGGAGGAGCUGUCAUUCUUGGAGGAGAAGUGACAGGAGGACUUACAGCUGGAAGUGAAGGAGUCUCAGGUGGAGGUGAAGGAGUCAUAGGAGGAGGAGUCACAGGUGGAGGUGAAGGAAUCACAGGAGGAGGAGUCAUCACAGGAGGAGUCAUCACAGGAGAAGUAGGGACGGGUAGAGUCACAGAGAUGUCAUAUCCUACAGAACAAGGCAGCAAGGAGGAACCUCAGAGUAUUGUCUCAAAUGAUAGACAGUGGUUUCCUGAGGUUCCUCCAGCACAAACACCAGCACUUAAUUUUAGCAGCGAAAGUGUGGUGCCAGUUCAGCCCAACAACAUUAACAACAACAGUUUCCAAGGCAACAGCCAAGAUACUGGUGUCUACAAUGGCAAUGGUUACCCUGGAAAUGGCUACAAUGUGAAUGGUACCAAUGGGACUGGUUAUCCAAGCAACCGUUAUCCAAGCAACGGCUACAGCAGCAGUGGAUACAGUGGUAAUGGAUACCAUAGUAAUGGAUACAACGGUAAUGAAUACAACGGUAAUGGUUUCUCUGCACGGCGACGCAUGCUUCCCCCGACUCCCCUAGGCCGAAAGCCCAACUUUAACAUCCAGUGUUUGAGAAGGCAGACGAGUAAUGAAGAUCUGCCCAUUCCAGGCACUUACCAUCAAAACUCCCCACCCUGCAGGACACGAGUACAGACAAACAACAGCUACGACUCACGGCGGAGCAGCAUUUCAUCUGGGAUUUCUUCUGCCUCUUGGGCGAACAACCAGGCCAGACGGGGUCGUCUCCUUUAUGCUCCUCUUAUUCUGGUGAACGAGGUAGGGGGCACUCAGGCGAUGUGGGGUGACACCAAUGGCAGCGCCAGCUUGCCAGCCUCUGCCCAUCCCGGGUGGAUCGGCAGUGGAACGGCAGGAGUGACCCAGCAGCCUCGGGCCUACACCACUCUCAGAGUGCCGUCCCAACCCAGCCCUGGAUACAUGGAGAAGGGAAGCGCUGACAGCCUCGUGGAAUCGAUCCUGAUCUCUGAAGGCUUGGGUCUAUAUGCCAGAGACCCCAAAUUUGUUGACUUUGCAAAGCGGGAAAUCGCAGAUGCCUGUCACAUGACUGUCGAUGAAAUGGAGAGUGCUGCAACUGACCUCUUAAGCCGUGGAAAGGCAGAACAACCAAUCAGACGCUUUGAGGAGGAUCUGUCUGAUGAGAUGAACUGUGUUAUAUCAUACUAAAUGGGCUUCAGUUUGAGGAGUUUGAAAAUAGAUCGUCAAUGCGAUUGUGAUGCUCUCCCACUCUGAGCAGAGUUAAGAUUUAUAUUCCAUUCCUUCUGUAGAUAAGGAAACUGGUGACCACAAAGACCUUACCCCUAUUGCUUCGCAUAGAAGUCUAGGAAGAGCUUAAAGGGAUAGGUACGGUGCCUGGGUGGUGCCUUGUUCGGUUCACUUAGUUUUGUUGUGGCCAUGACACCUUAUCUUGCGGGAACGUGAUAUGAUGUGGCCGCAAGAUAUUAAUACGUGAAAAUAUCUUUAACUUAAUGGCCAUUUAUGACGACAAAUGAGAGCGUCUCUUCAUUUACAAAUGAAAAUGUGAAUGGAUUUAUUCCUCAAAACAUUAGGCAUUCCGCCAUUUUAAUAAUCUACAAAAAUUAAGUUCAAAAUUCCAGUCUGUAUAAAUCAGUUUGCAAAAUGCCAAUAAAGCCAUGUGAAAGAGAUCGAUCAAAUCAGUUAAUAGAAACACAGCAAUAUUGUGGGAUCAAUAAAAGGUUUUGUUUAGACCCAUUUUAUUUUAACAUUUAUUCAUGGUUAAUACAAAUGCUGUUUACAUCAUGCAAUACAGUCUGAGAGCAUAUGGAUAUAGUUUCAAAUCAAAUCUCUGAUAAUCCCGGGUUAUGGAAAUGGACGUUGUUCUCUCAUAGCAUUGAGGCCACGACAUCACGUUCCCACGAGUCAAAAACGUUUUCUGAAGUAGAAUGAAGGUCUUGUGAUUUGGAUCGACGCGAGGACGAGUAAUGUCUCAUUUUCGGGUGAACUAUGCCUUUAAGCAAAGCACAGGAUUAGCCUACUAUAUGACUAGUAGAGUUCUGAAACAGCAUCUGAAGAGAUUUAAAAAGAGUGUAGAGGCCGAAUCUAAAUCUGGUAAGGGAAUUGGGGAGGAAAACAAAAAGGUGGUUAUAUCGAAAGUUUCUCUUCGUAUCAUAUAUACUUCAAGGAAGUAUUUUGUUCAGCCAUAGAUGAAGCAUGCAUUUUCUGUGCGGCUGCUUUGGAACGCAAAUUUUCUUAAGUGCUACACCAAUAAACUUGAAGUGGAAAGUAACCAUGCAGAUAUAUUUGUCAUUGUGUUGUUGACAUUGCCCAGGGAGUGGAUAUUAUAUAAGUAUAUUCUGCUUGAAGAGUAAGACAAGAGUACAGCGUUCAGUUCAGGUUGUGCUCU